AUGCCCGUGGGGGGCCUGUUGCCGCUCUUCAGUAGUCCGGCGGGCGGCGGCCUGGGCGGGGGGCUCGGAGGCGGCGGCGGCGGCGGCAGCAGCGGCAGGAAGGGGUCGGGCCCCGCCGCCUUCCGCCUGACGGAGAAGUUCGUGCUGCUGUUGGUGUUCAGCGCCUUCAUCACGCUCUGCUUCGGGGCGAUCUUCUUCCUGCCCGACUCUUCCAAGCUGCUCAGCGGGGUCCUGUUCCACUCCAGCCCCGCCCUGCAGCCGGCCGCCGACCACAAGCCCGGACCCGGGGCGCGCGCCGAGGACGCGGCGGAGGGGCGCGCCCGGCGCGGCGAGGAGGACGCUCCGGGGGACCCCGCGGCCUCCCUAGAGGACAACUUGGCUAGGAUCCGCGAAAACCACGAGCGGGCUCUGAGGGAAGCCAAGGAGACCCUGCAGAAGCUGCCCGAGGAGAUCCAGAGAGACAUCCUAAUGGAGAAGGAGAAGGUGGCCCAGGACCAGCUGAGUAACAGGGCGGGGUUCAGAAGGCUGCCCCCCGUGUACUUAGCACCCCUGAAUACAAUCGGGGCGAUUGACCGGGAACCCGCCGAUGCCGCCAUCCACGAGAAAAGGGAAAAGAUCAAAGAGAUGAUGAAACAUGCUUGGAAAAAUUAUAAACGUUAUGCCUGGGGUAAAAACGAACUGAAGCCUGUGUCAAAAGGAGGCCAUUCAAGCAGUUUGUUUGGUAAUAUCCAAGGAGCAACAAUAGUAGAUGCCCUGGAUACACUUUUUAUUAUGAAUAUGAAAGAUGAAUUUGAAGAGGCUCAAGCAUGGGUUGAAGAAAAUCUAAAUUUUAAUGUGAAUGCUGAAGUUUCUGUUUUUGAAGUAAAUAUACGCUUUGUUGGUGGACUAAUCUCAGCCUACUAUCUGUCUGGAGCAGAGAUAUUUCGAAAGAAAGCAGUGGAACUUGGGGUAAAAUUGCUACCUGCAUUUCAAACACCCUCUGGAAUACCUUGGGCAUUGCUGAAUAUAAAAAGUGGGAUUGGAAGGAACUGGCCCUGGGCCUCAGGAGGGAGCAGUAUUUUGGCAGAAUUUGGAACUCUGCACUUGGAGUUUAUGCACUUGAGCUACUUAUCAGGAAACCCCAUCUUUGCUGAUAAGGUAAUGAAUAUUCGAACAGUUCUGAACAACCUGGAGAAACCAGAAGGACUUUACCCUAACUAUCUGAAUCCCAAUAGUGGACAGUGGGCUCAAUAUCAUGUAUCAGUUGGAGGACUUGGAGACAGUUUUUAUGAAUAUUUGCUAAAGGCAUGGUUAAUGUCUGAUAAGACAGAUCUCCAGGCUAAGAAAAUGUAUUUUGAUGCUAUUAAGGCUAUUGAGACUCACUUGAUCCGGAAGUCCCGUAACGGCCUGACUUACAUCGCAGAGUGGAAAGGGGGCCUCCUGGAACACAAGAUGGGCCACCUGACCUGCUUUGCUGGAGGCAUGUUUGCACUCGGGGCAGAUGACGCUCCUGAAGGAAUGACCCAACACUACCUUCAGCUUGGGGCUGAAAUUGCCCGGACCUGUCAUGAAUCUUACAAUCGCACCUUUGUGAAACUGGGACCAGAAGCUUUCAGAUUCGAUGGUGGUGUUGAAGCCAUUGCUACGAGGCAAAAUGAGAAAUACUACAUCUUACGGCCAGAAGUUGUUGAGACUUACAUGUACAUGUGGCGGCUGACUCAUGAUCCAAAGUACAGGAAAUGGGCCUGGGAAGCUGUGGAGGCCCUGGAGAAACACUGCAGAGUGAAAGGAGGCUAUUCCGGCCUCAGGGAUGUUUACUUCAACAAGGAGAGCUACGAUGAUGUGCAACAGAGCUUCUUCCUGGCAGAGACACUAAAAUAUUUGUACUUAAUAUUUUCUGAUGACGAUCUACUUCCUCUGGAACAUUGGAUAUUCAACACCGAGGCACAUCUUCUUCCUGUCCUCUCUAGGAAUUUAAAGAAAGUUGAAGACGAUGGGAAAUAA